CCACCCACCGCUCCGACUCCCACUCUCCUCCUCUCCUUCUUCGGCGUCUACGGCGCCACCCCCUUUGCCUCUACGCCCACCGUUUACCUCUUCUGGUCUCCUCCUUUCUGGAAUCGGAAACGCCACUUUCCGGGCUCACCGACGUCGACGCCCGCCGCCUACCGAUAGGCGGUCGCCGUAUACUCUCCGAUCAGGCAUCAGCGGCCGCAAAGCCGCCCAGGUCCGCCGGUCGGCGGAGUAAGCCGGAAAAUUGAGAGAUGUCGGUGAGCUACAAGUAUUGGGAUGAUUGUGUUGAUCCAGAUGAAAUGCGACUCCUGUGGAAGUAUCCAGAGGUGAGGAAAGAAUGGAUCGACGCAGGCGAAAACAUAGGGCAGAAGGUUCUACUCUCACGUGAUCCGGAAGGGCAACUUUAUCUCACUCAAACAGAAAUGAGGGCUGUUGCUAAGAUUGUUCUCCAGCGACACUUCAAUUCUCAGAUAGAGCUGGAAAUGAUUUGUGUGAUUGCUGAAAUUGCCAGUGACAGACAACUUUUGGCACAGAAGUACAAUAAAAAGACAAAGCAAACAACAAUUGGCAUUAUGCAGAUAGAACAAGAAACUGCAGAUUGGCUUGUCAGGGAAAUUGGCUAUCGCUAUUAUGAUAUAGAGGAAAAUUCCAAUCUUCUAUUUAGGCCCUUUGUGAAUGUCUACUUUGGAGCUGCUUACAUAAAGUGGUUGUCUUGUAUGGAUGGAAAAGAAAGGACUGAAGAAUUUAUCAUUAGAGCUUACAGAGGGAGUAUCAAGAAGGCCAAUCACAAGUCAACACUAGACCAUUAUCGACGCUAUCUAUCUGUGAAAGAGAGUUUCUAUACUGUAAGGGAGGAGGCACUUGAUGCUUUUGGCACUGCUCAACAACUUUCUGUAGCUUCAGGAUCAGGUGAAGGGUGGACAUACUGGGACAUUAGAGUAUCUUCAGAAGACAUGGAACAAUUAUGGAAGCAUCCUGAAGUUUUAAAGGAGUGGACAGAGUCUGGUGAGAGGCCUGGAAAAGUGCGUUUCUCCCAUGAUUCAGAGAAGAGAAUUUAUCUUUCUCGCGUUGAAGUGAAGGCCGUUGCUGAAAUAAUUACUUCAAGGUGGUUUGUUUCCAAAGGAAUACGACCUACGACUCUAGCUGCUCUUGCCGACAUAUGUAGCAUGCGAUUCGUAAAUGGUGUACGUGCGCGCAUAGGAUUAUUGGGAAUUGACUAUCCUACUGCUGCCUGGUUAUACAAAGAUGUUCAAUAUAGGGCAUAUAAAGUUGUGUCAGUCGAUGAUCUCUACAAUCCUUUUGUGUCCAUGUACUUUGGUGCAGCUUAUUUGGCCUGGCUUUCAGUGUACGAGGGGAGACAAAGAGAUCUUCACUUUGUGAUUCAAGCUUAUAUGAGUGGGCCAGAGAACGUAAGCCUUCAGGAGACUGGGCCGCUCUGGAAUAAAUUUCAGCAAGCCUUGAGCUAUUAUGAAGAACCUAAAAAGAAGAAUCGAGGGAGCUGCUGUAUUUUAUAAAGAAUCACUCGAUAACUUCUUUGUAAGGGAAUCGUCAGAGGUUGUUUUUAUCCUUCAAAGACCAGGUACGAGAAGGAUAAAUCAUUCGUGAACUCUACUUUUGGAUCAUCUCUUUUGGUUCUAGCAAUUGCAACAAUUCUGGUGAUCUUGUUUAAAAGAGCAUAACCUGGCAUCGUCUUCAUCGUCGUCUUCAUCAAUAUAUCUGCAUUGAAUAAAGAGGUAAAUUGGCACGCUGCAAGUAAAACACACCUUUUCUCCUUUUUCAUGGUGUUGCAGGGUUGAAUAUGUAAGAAUUUAUAUGGCGUGCAUUAAGUGUUUGGUUGUCAUUGCAAGUAUUACAGAACUUACAAUCUAUCUAGACGAUUUCCUGCAUUACAUCCUACUCAAUUUAAAUGGCUAAUCUGUCUUACUUUUCAAUAAAAUUUGUAUAUUUAGUUUUUU